UCCGCCGGGUUCGGCUUUUCACACCUUUCUCUCCCCAUCGUGAGAGAGGACGUUUGGGGGAGAGAGCGGCCCGGCGGGGUCCCCUCCGAGCGGGUCCCCCUCGACCUUGCAGGGACCCGGGCGGCGCGGGGCUGGGAUUGUGCCGGAUUUCAAGGACACGGGAGAUGAUCGGGACUUUGGGAGCCAACAUCUGCCUGGCUGGUGACGUCAGCAGCCCCGUGUAAUCCUCUUGUACUGAAGGCAGAUGCCUUAUUUGUUUGGCUGGAGAGGCAUUAAUCCCUAAUUCUGGAGCAGCAAGCGAGGGGGAGAGACCGGACCGCUUCUUACCCCCCGACAGCCGCUCGCGGGGUUCUCCUCCUCUUUGCGCUCUGUGGCUCCGGUUGGGCGGAGGACGAGCCAGCCCUCGGCAGGCGCCCGCACGCAGGAGCCGCGCUGCCGAGGGCGGGCCUGAGCCUUCUGCCCGCCUCGCCCCCGGAUGCCCCGGCAAGCGGCGGAACAGCCCCCGGGAAGCCCACCUCGCCGCCGGAGCCCAGCGCAGCGUAGCCCUCUCCCUCCCGGGCCCAGGACCCCGGCAGCAGUCGAGGUCAGCCCGCACGGUUCGGGGGGUCCGGCCGGGUCGGUGCUCCCGGCGUGCCGGCGGCACAGGGGCACAACGGUCCCGUCCUGAGCGCUGAGAGGCGGCCGCAACCGUAACAAUAAGAAUACAAAGCGUAGGCUGUUUUUUAUUUUUUUUUUAAUUAUUAUUAUUAUUCUAAUGAGUUCAUCCCUCAUUUCCUCGCUCGCACAGCUCGGUGUAGGCAGGCCAGAUGGGCUGCCCCGACCCUCCCGGGAAAAGGGCAGGUGCGAGCGAGUUACAUUUUUUUUUUUCCUCUUUACAAAGCGAGAUGCCACGUCCCGGCCUUUCGCUUCCCCCCGCCGCCCCCGGCCAGGAGGAGCGGUGCGCCCCGGGCUGCGGUUCCCCCGGGCCGAGCGGGCCCUGCGGCCGCUGUGCGCUCACAACCGUCGGGGCGCUGACGCCCGGCGAGGACGAAAUUACCGCCUGGGAGUGCGCGAUCGGCACACGCUUCAUUUCUGUGAUUUUUCUUUUUAGUCUAUUACGUGCUUAUCGAACAGCUUCCUGGGCAUUGCAAACAGCAGAUGGGCGAGUAGGAAAAUUGGAGAGCGAAUUGCACCCAGCCCAGGAUGGGACCGCGGCGGAAGGGAACCGCCUUUUUUUUUUUUUUCCUUUUUUCUUUCUUUUUCUUUUUUUCUUUUUUUUUUUCUUUCUUCUUAUAUUUUUUUCCCCCGGAGAUCCGUCGCUAUUCUAUUUCCAGAGAGAACGCGCGUGAGCGCUCCCAGGCUCUGCCUCUCCGUGUUCACAGCGGACCUUGAUUUAAUGUCAUACAAUUAAGGCACGCGGUGAAUGCCAAGAGCGGAUCCUCCAGGCGGCAUUAAGGAACUCGCUAAGCAUAACGCUACCAAUAAAACCAAUAGCAGCCUGUCUCGAAUCCGAAAGGAGAGGGGAAAAAAAAAGAGCAGUGACAGACUCGGUGCCUGUACUCACCUCUACGGAACGCGCGGCCGAAGGGGCGGCAGACACGGGCGCUGCCGGCAGAUAAGGCGGCUCUGCGGAGCGCCGGAGCGGAGCGGUGGCGGCGGUGAUUUGCGAGGCAGUGCGUCCCGACCUCUCGCUUUCCUGGGCUAAGCCAUGUAACGUCGCUUAAUGGGAAAUAAAUACAUUUUUUCUGCUAUUAAUCACCGCGAGGAUCGUUCUUUGCGCAUCGCCCCGGCGGCAGCGAGAGGUGCCCGCGGGGGGUCCGCGGCUCUCAGCGCGGAGGACGAGGAAUGCGGGACCGGGGGCCGCGGAGCUGCGUGCGGGACAGCGCUGCGGGCGGCGUUUGCGUUCCGAGGGGCGGCGGGAGCACCGCGCGGUGUGGGCACGGCAGGGGAAGAGCGGAGCGCUGCGGGAGGGCUGUGUGUGCGCAGGGCCGGAGCGGUGCGCGAUGCCGAGGGCCCGGGGGAGGCUGGCGGUGGCGGGGGGGCAGAGGGGGGUGGCGGCGGCGGCAUUGCAGCGCUCGUGGGAGCAGUGCAUGCGCGCCGGGGCAGCGGAGACACGGCUCCGCUGGGUGAGGCGUUGGCAGCGGGGCCGCGGAGGUGCGGUGAGCAGAGGGUGCGGGGAGGGGAGAGGCCGCGGGUGUCCCGCGGCGGCGGCGCCUUUGUUCCGCGGGGUCCGAACAAAGGAGCGGCGGGGCCGGGCCGGGAGGGGCGGCUGCCGGCGCUGUCCCUGGUGCUGGCGGAGGCGCCCGGCGUCGCGGCUCGGGCCCGAGGGGAGAGCGUCCCCCGGCGGGGCGGGCGCGGAAGGAAAGCGGGACCGGGCAGGGCGCGGCUGUGGGAAGGGUUGCGAAGCGGCUCGGCCCUGUCCGCCGUGCCCCUGCCCCGACUGGGUCCACGGGAGCGUAACCCAGAGCAUCCCUCCCCGCAAGUCUGUCUCCGGCCCGGGGUGCAGUAGCCGGAGUGGAAGCAGGUCCCUCGGGGGCUGCGUCCCGCUGCCAGCCGCACUCCGGUCCCGGCCAUCGCCAGGCGGCGCACGGCACCUCGGCCGUCCCGUUCUGCGUUGCCCGCUCCCAACCGGCGGCACUGCCGGCAAGAUCAGGGAUGCCCUCAAAGACCAGAUAAGGCAAACCGACCCUGUAGCAAUAAUAACAAGAGCAAUAACGCUAGCAGUGCUGUCUGUUCGGGGUUGUAGUCCUUGCCUUCUCUCUUCUUGUGCUCAGCUAAGAGCAGUGAUCACAGUUCUGCUUUUUUGCCAAAGAUGAGAGUGCAGACGGGAAUGGUCAUCUUCUCUGCAGGGGUAUGAAGGGCACAGUCCCUGCCCGUUCCUUGGCCUCUCUUUUCCAUUCACCUUUGAAUUGUCCUGGUGUGGGCCAGCUGACAGAGGAGGCACAUGAGAUACUCUGCCCCUGCAUCCAGCUCAGCAGAUUGGGAUCGAGUCUCUCCCAGUGCACUGCCUGCUCCUGCCAUGUCACAGAGUGGUUCUCAUUUUUGGCUUUGAGAUCUCUGUAUAUAUACAGACCUCUACGUGUGCACAGAUUUGCACAUCUGUGUGUGUUUAUGCAGGUUUAAUUGUAACGCCAAACUUCUCAGCACUUCUUGUUUAUAUUUCCUUUGUAAGACCUACAGUUUCACAGGAUCUCAGAGGGGCUGGGCAAGGAACAAAGUUCAUCUUUGCCUGCUUUGUGUGUGAGCCAGAAAGAGCUGCAGACCAGAUUGACUCUUGCACAGGUAGAGAGUGAGGACGGUUUUAAAGCCCCGUGUGUGACCUGAAAUGCCCAGUUAAACUGUAGGAUUGCAAAGCUGAGCUGAUCUCUCUUGCAUCAGGCAUUGUGCCCACCAUUACUCACUUAUAUUUUUUUCUUGCAAACAGAAGCUGAAGAUUCGUUAUAAAUAAUAUACGGUUCCAUAGCAAAAGAGAUAUAAAUAUGCACAUGAAGCUGCUGCCACUGUCAAUCUCCUGGUGUAUGCUUUGAAAUAUUUCUUAAAGCUUGGAAAGAAACUGAAUUUUAUUUUAUUUUUUAUUUUUUUGAAAAGAUGGAGGCUUCUUCUGUAAAAUUUCCAAAGACAUGGAACAUGGAUACUUUCUAAAUUGUGGCAGCAAUAAUAAUAAUGGUGGUGAUGAUGAUGUAAUGCAAUUUAAGGUGCAAUUUAAGGUCUGAUCUAGCAGAAACAUGGGUAAUGCCGCUGUGCAUUUCUCACUCUGAUGUCAUGUUGCAGCAACAGGAAUACUGUAGGUUCUGGUGGCGGCUGCUGAAAGUGACCGGUAUUUAAUAUUAACCACUUUCCUUCCUGCUUCCAGAAAGGAACGAAAGCCCUGCUCUCAACGGCUUUUCCUCUGGGCAACCUGAUUUCUGAGGCUAACCCCAUCACGGCUUCCCACGUCGAGGAGAGCUCUCCCUCUGAGCCCCCUCUGCAGUGAGAAGCCUUAAGACCCUCCUCCCUUUCAAUUCUCCCCAUUUUUCCUUUCUGAAGCGACGCUCCCCCGAAGCUACGGGAGCGGAGGGUGGCCGGGCGCUGCCCGAGAGCGGCCGGGGCG